AUGCCUCGAGCGGACUCGUCUAGCAACCUCUCUAAGGCGCCCUCCGCGAAAAACCAACAGGACGCAGUCGGCAUAGAAAAUUAUGAGCUACCAAAGAGUCUAAUCACGAAGAUCGCGAAAUCCGCGAUACCAGAGAACACGAAAUUGCAAAAGGAGGUAGUCACGUCCUUGGUGAAGGGCUCGACGGUGUUUAUCAACUACUUAGGUGCGUCUGCCGCACACGAUGUUGCCGCGUCUAAGCAGCACAAAAGCAUUUCCGCCACCGACGUGUUGAAGGCGCUCGAGCUCCUGGAGUUCGCGGACAUGGUGCCCGGGCUACAGACGGAACUGCAAGCCUACCGAGAUACCCAGAAGAAAGGCAAACAAAGCGGCGCCAGCAAGGGCAAGGCGAAAGAAACGGACUCGCCAGCGAAGGCAAAGGGCAAAGAGAAGGCGGCUGCAGUCCCUUCAGCUGUCUCUCAGACCGAUCAGGAACCUCAGGACGUGGAUGAAGAUGAAAGUGGGAAUACUGUUCGCGUGCGCCCGGAGGAAGACGAGGACAUGCUUGAUCCUGAAGAGGAGGGGGAUAUCCCGGAGGAGGAGAUCCCUGAGGACGAGCCAGAGGAGGAGGACGAGGAGUUGGUGGACAAUGUUGCUGUCGAAGAGGAGGAGCUGCAGCGGGAUGCACGAGGACUAGAAGAUACGGGUGGAGUUGAAACGGAGGACUAA